UAUAAUGUGCACUUAGGGUUCCUGCAUUUCAGGGAGUAAACCAAGCGAUGCGAGCUCGGCAACUGUAACAAUGGUUCUCAAGACAGAGCUUUGCCGAUUUAGUGGUGCCAAGAUAUAACCAGGGAAGGGUAUCAGAUUUAUUCGCUCAGUCUCCUAGGUGGUUGAAGAAGGAGAAGAAGGCAGAGUUGAUGUCCAAGUCACAGAAGGCCUCUAAGAGCAAUGUGCCCAAGGGUGCUAUACCCAAGGGUCCUAAGCUCUGGAGGUGGUGCUGGAAGCGUUAAUUUCUCAGUAUUUUAGAUGCUGUCGCAUCUAAAACAGAAAAGUGAAGUUAUAACGCUUGCCGCCACCACCUCCGAGCUUAGGCCCCUUAGCCUAGCCUCCGUAGAUGCAAGCUUCACCCCCAGAUUCUUAAUCCUCGCAUUCUUCUCUCCCAGCGCUUCCCAAUAUUUCUUCGCUUGUUCAAGAGUUGACGUAAGGUUUAUCACGGAGCGGCUAUGGCUAGCCCUUUCCUCUUCAAAAGCGCGCUCUGCAACAUUUCUGGCAUUUUCACUUGGAAACUUUUCCUGCUUGGUUUCUCUUGCAGCUUUUAUUGGCAUUUUCACUUGCAAACCUUUCCUGCUUGGUUUCUCUUGCAGCUUUUAUGGAACAUAUUGUAGCACGAGCAUUGUAGAUUGCAGCCAUCAAGCUAGCAUCCUGAGCAUCCAUGGAAGAAAGAUAGUGGUUAUGUUUUGCCUGCCAGCUCUUAUUGGCAACUUGGGCUAUUGGGCAGCGGUAGGAAGGGAGCUGGUUUAACAACAUUGUCCUCCAAGUGUGCCUCCUCAAUGAAGUCUAAGUAAGCCUGGGGUUUCUACCCCUUUCAUUGCUUCAGUUUGCUUCUGAAAGAAAGAGAUCUCAUGUUCGGCCAACACUUCCUCUUGUCCUGAUGAGGAAUCUCAGGAACAAGAGGGGUAGUUUUCAGCACGGGAGGAUUGGGCACGGAUUGGGCACAGAAUGGACAGAAGCAGCACGAGUUUUUUCCUUCAGGGCCUCGUCCUUGAUAAGAAACAGAGAGAAAAUUUUGAAACCGAAGAAAAAAAAAUAUUAGAGAUUCAGGGCCUCGUCCUCUCUCUGCUUCUUCUUGGUCAGCGAUUCCAAGUCCGUGGCCCGGAAUUGGCCCUUUGCCUCUGCAGAGGAAAUCAGAAAAAUAACAAUUUUAAGGUUUAAAAUGUUACAGUGGAAUUCUAGAAGAAAAUAUAAUAACAAUAAACAAUAUAAAUUAUAAGGCCACUACGUUACCCUUUGCCAUUAAGACCUGAAGCAUGCAGGAAACAAAACGAUUCAAAUAAAUUUAUUACCACUUGCGGCGUUGGAAAAUGAACCUCAUGAUCAACAAAACAUUUACAUUCGAAAUAACAUUUCGAAGAAAUAUCAAAAAGGAUUAUUUUAAUAGAACUCCAUGCACAUAAAUGUUAUGAUAACAAGCAUAAGAUUAAUUCAUUGAGAUGCGGUGCCUCUCCAAGACAUGUCACGAUGUCAAUACUGUCUGUGAAUAUGCUCUUACGGCUACAAGGACUAAAAAGAAAGAUGUCGAGGGACAAUUAAUAACGUGUCAUUUAUUGAAUAUUUCUUAAACUAUUAAGAUUCUAUUCUAUUGUUUUAACCAUAUGCUUAUAAUCAACCUAGUUUCAACAAAACUUCUAUUAUUCCAAUGAAAUUGAUGACGCCAAAAAUAUAUGUAUCUCAGAUCACUGAACUCGUUGGGAUUUAAAACCCAAAACCUCAUCUAGUCACAAGAUGAUCAAUCUCUGGUAGACAUACUACAAUCUCUAACAAUUUGUGUCUUCGAUACAAUACCAAAUCUUUAUACUAUUGAAUCAUGUACAACAUAAACUUGAUGAUACAAUGUUGAAAAAGCUUAAUUGGCAUUUUAAGAUGUAAGCCUCAAAAGAAAUCAAUAAAAUACUUCGAAAGAUAAUACAAAUAUGCAAUACAAAUAUUGUCAUAAUAAACCAUCUUAAAAGUCCAGUAUAAAAUUAAAAAUCUAACUUGCGA